AUGUCAAGCGAUUCGGACAUUGAGAUAGAUGGUAACAUUUUUGAGGAACCAGAAGGAUACCUGCCUCCUCCUCCAGAACCAACAUUUGAAACUUACACAAGAGACUCUAAAUAUGUGAAGGAUGGCCAGCCUGCCAAUGUCCGUAUGAGAUUGGUUGGCAAAUCUCCGCUGUGGGGACAUUUAUUAUGGAACGCUGGUAAAGUAACAGCUGACUACAUGGACUUGAAACGAGAUGAAUGGAUCACUGGUAAAACUGUGCUCGAAUUAGGUGCCGCUGCUGCGCUGCCUUCUUUACUUGCGAGUUUGACAGCAGAUAACGUGGUCAUCACCGAUUAUCCAGAUCCAGAUUUAAUUGACAACAUCAAUGAAAACGUGAAAUUACUGAGAGAAUCUGUACCUAACGGAGCGAAAUUGCCUAUCACUGUUGAAGGAUAUAUCUGGGGAAAUCCAGUUGACGAUCUGUUAAAUGCCAAAAAUCAAAAUGGCCGUAAAUUCGACCUAAUCAUCUUAUCCGACCUUAUUUUUAACCAUUCAGAGCAUGAGAAACUAAUCCGCACCUGUGACAAAUGCUUGGCUCCAGAUGGAAAACUGUUUGUGGUGUUUACCCAUCACCGCCCUAAGUUGGCUGACAAGGAUCUGGCCUUCUUUCCCACAGCGAAGGAACAGGCUGGUUUCAAAUCAGAACGUAUUAUUGAGAAAAAAAUGACACCCAUGUUUGAAGAAGAAGAGGAGACGGCGCAUAUUAGAAGUAUGGUAUAUGGCUAUGUUGUAACGAGGUAG